AACUAAGGAUCCCUGAACGGACUCACAUUAACCGCGGCUGAUAGCAUAGUUAUAUGACGCUCAUCCCGCCUCAUACAGGAUCAGGAUGAUGGCAUUACCCUCUGGUGCACUAGUUAUAAUUAGUUUCAACACCAACAACACCAACAACUAUGAUAACCCAACUUCUUCGUGUGGCGGUCCUUGAAUGCGACACGCCCGUGGACCCCGUUCUCUCCAAAUAUGGCACGUACGGUGAUAUUUUCGAGAAUCAUUUGAAGGAAGGACUUCAGAGAAUUGAAGCUCCUAUAAAACUGCAGUUGACGAAGAUCAAUGUUGUGCAGCCAGUUGUCGAGUAUCCCAGGCCCGAGGCUUUCGACGUCGUCCUCUUGACCGGCAGCAAGCACGACUCCUACAAAGAUGUGCCGUGGAUUCUUACUUUAGUGCGGUUCGUUCAGGAUUGCUAUACCUCACACAACAAACGCAUGAUUGGGAUCUGCUUCGGCCACCAGAUCAUUGCGCGGGCUCUCGGGGCACGCGUCGGCCCCAACAUUUCUGGGUGGGAGGUUGCAGUUGAGCCAUUCUACCUGACCAGUGCAGGGCGACAGCUGUUCGGGACGAAUGAACUUUCCCUGCAGAUGAUGCACCGCGACGUUGUCUUCGAGGUCCCCCCGGGGUGUGUGAACCUAGGCAGCAGUCUGAUAUGUGGUAUUCAAGGCCUAUACAUCCCGGGAAAAAUUCUUACGGUCCAGGGCCAUCCCGAAUACAAUGAUUUCAUGGUCAGCUCGAUUCUCAAGAUACGCCACGAAGGAGGUACUUUUGAUGAUAGCCUCUACAAGGAUGGCAUGUCACGGGUGAACAGGCCGCAUAAUGGGGCACAAUCCAGCUACACCCUCAUAAUGCCGAACGAGAUCCGCACCCUCUCCCCCACGACCAACAAGGUCAUCUUCGAGCACCCAGGUAUUUCUGUCGAUGAAGCUCGGAAAGUCGUGCAAGCUUCCCACGAUGCCUUCCGAUCAUGGAGGAAGACGACUCUCGCCGAACGGAAAGAAACCGUUCUGAAAGCGCUGGAUCUUAUCAUGGCAGACCGAGACACUCUGGCCGCCGAGCUGACGACUCAAAUGGGCCGCCCGAUCGCCUACACGGGCAAGGAAAUCGAUACCAUGCGCAAGCGUGCCGAUUACUUGCUCGACAUUGCCGAAGAUAGCCUGAAGAACCUCCCUGGAACUCCCGAGAGCGGCUUCCGCCGAUUCGUCAAGAAAGAGCCUUUUGGCCCUACUCUGAUUUCGACUGCAUGGAAUUACCCCUACCUUAUCACAGUCAACGCACUCCUCCCGGCCCUGCUCAGCGGAAAUACCGUCAUCCUUCGUCCGUCGCCGCAGACGCCCAUUUUCGGUGAACGUCUCGCUUCCUACUUCACGAAAGCCGGUCUCCCGACCAACGUCUUCCAGGUCAUCCACUGCGGUUCGCCCGAUGUGCUGGACGAGAUUGCGCAACUGCCCCCGAUCCAGCUGGUCUGCUUCGUCGGGUCGACCCUCGGUGGGCUCCGCCUGCGCGAAGCCACCGCUCGCCGCCUGGUGCCGGUGAACCUGGAGCUGGGCGGCAACGACCCGGCGUACGUGCGACCGGACGCCGAUUUGGCCUCCGUGGCGGCCAACGUGGUCGACGGAGCGGUGUUCAACUCGGGCCAGAGCUGCUGCGCGAUUGAGAGGGUAUACGUGCACGCGGACGUGCACGAUGCGUUCGUAGAGGAGGUGAAGAAGGAGCUGGCAGGGUACAAGGUUGGCGACCCCCACGACAAAUCCACGACCACCGGGCCCGUGAUCUCCUCGCUGGCCCUCAAGAACAUCCAGUCGCACAUCACGGACGCGCUGUCCAAAGGCGCCGUCAACGUCACGCCGGCGAACCCCACCUUCGACAACCUGCCGCAGGAGGGCAACUUCAUGGCCCCGACGGUGCUGAUCAACGCCAACCACGACAUGCAGGUCAUGAAGCACGAGACUUUCGGACCGGUCCUCCCAAUCAUGAAGGUCUCGUCCGACGAGGAGGCGGUGGUGCUAAUGAAUGAUAGCGACUACGGUCUGACGGCGAGCAUCUGGACCAGGGACAUCAAGAAGGGCGAGGAGUUGAUCGAGGAUGUCGAGGCUGGCACGGUGUAUCUGAACCGUUGCGAUUAUCCUAGUCCGGAUCUGGCAUGGAUAGGAUGGAAGAACUCGGGACUGGGCCACACGCUGGGCCCCAAGGCUUACGACGGGUUCUACAAGUUGAAGAGCUUCCACAUCAAGGAAGAGCAGGCUUGAAGUAGCUCUUAGUUCGAUGAUAUGAUUAUGAUCGAUGUUGCUUGAGAAGAUGGAAUUAUACCACGAAGUGCACACUGGACACACCGCAAACUAUUCCCCC